AUGAUCCGAAGACAUGCCAUUGCAAACUGUGCCUCCCAGACUGCCACCAAUAGUCCAUUGUGCAGCUCUAGUACGACGAAUUUAUUAUUUUCUCUUGGAAACUUUGCAUUCAACCAAAAGGAAAGGUCAGACGAGGAGCCCGUCUCAGCCGCCAGUUUCGAUCCUUUUUUACUCAAGCCAGACGGCAGGUCAAGCAUACCCCGAGACACACAAACCCGGACCAUUCGAGCCGGACAGCCACAACCUCUACCGCAACCCGAUGUUCCGGACGAAUCCCUCCUCACGAAUGUGACUUCAGGCGAGGUGACAGACGCUUCUGUUCAUAUACACCUCACGCGUGAUGACCUGUGGUCACUUUGGGAGUCCCUCAUGCAAGAAUUGACUUCGGAGAUGUCUGGCUCAGAAAUGUCAUCAGAAGGUCGACGUAAAAGGAGACCAUCGUCUGAAGUGAGGCAACUCAGGCCAAUUCUGACCAAUGUCUACCUGAGAAGAACUUCCAGCAAGGAGAUCGCAGGAGAGUCUAUCCUAAAUAAGAAAACGAGAGAUGGAAGGGGUAUUGUUGUCAGCGUAACUGAAGACGAAGGCGGACGAUCAAGGACGUUGAAUGCUGAUGAUGAUGGAACGAAGAAAAAAACGAAGAAGACAUCAAGACAAACAAGAGAGGAUCUGAAAUCCGAAAAACCCCUUCAGAAAGUCUACGAGACUGAAACCGUUGCCACUCAAGAUUUUGAUGAACACGAAUCCAGUUACGUAAGUGACGUCGAUGUUGACCGUGAUGAUGGAGAGAAGAAUUAUUUCUCUGACAGCGUUGGCAGCGAUACAGAAGUCACUAGAAUUGUAACUGGCGUGAAAGUCACCAGACUCAAAAAACGAAGAUCAGAUGCCAGAAGUUGGGGGAAAGAACCCGAAGAGAGUGAAACCAGCAGUGGUCACCGUCCCAAUCAGAGGGAGCCCAACCCCUAUUUAAAGCGUUACUUCCAGAAGCAGGCUAAGGCAUCAGAGAUGCGUGAUUACGAGGACAAAGGUAACGCUGACGCAGAUGAACCUCAACGCCAACGAUCAGAUAAGUACAAGCAUAUUGUGCGUGAAGACUACGAUGCUUUCCAUAAGAAACAAAGAAUGAAAGAAAAAUAUCCCGAAAAGAACUUUCCAGAAGAACAACACCAUGCAAAUAAAAGCAGGAGAAAAUUGGGAAAGGAAGAAUGGCAGUCCACUGAUAACAGCAUAGACGUAGAUCAUUUGCUAGAAGAAGGUGAAGACGUCGAUCAAAGGAAUAGGUCUGGUAGGAGACAUUCUAGAACGUCUUCAAGACAUGAAAAACAUUCCAAGUGUAGGCACAGGAGGUCUUCUCAAUGCCAGGAUGAAAAAUGCCAGCAGCGAGAAACACAUCAUAGACGGAAACAUUCUAUGCAUGUCGACAGAAUGAAUGAGAAUGAAGAACGCGACAAUGAAAUGGUCUUAGAUGAUGAUUCACCACGAAGACAUCUACUGAGGCGCAAAAGCUCGAGCCAGUUUUUAGAAGUUCCAAUGCAGACGACGUCUAAUGUGGCCAGCAGUGAAAGGGAGGAGACAUUUGAAGAGAUAGAUGAUAAAUCCAAACGUCACCAUCAUCAUCACCACCACCAUCAUCAUCACCAUCACCGUCGACCACCUCUAGAAAAAGAUCUGAGUGUUCGAGGAGAUUUUCACCAUUUUGCCCAACAUCGGAAGAACAGAAGGCAUUUCCAUCGAAAAAGAUCUCGAUUACGAAGACGUAGUGAAAGCAUGGAUUACUCAUCAGAGAGACGACCCUUGUCGGACGACGACUCUCGAUUUUAUAGAUCUGACCACUUGCAUUCAAGUCUCGAAGAACAGAGAUCGAAAAGCGAAAUGUCCGUUCUGCCUAGGAGAAACUCAGAAGAAAUUCCACGGAUUACGAUAUUCGAUGAAGAGCUUAAAUCAGAAAGAGUACUCAUCGCAGACGAUGUUGAGGUUUCGAGUAAACAAGGACUUAUUGAUAAUCAAGAAUUGGACGAUAAUCAAAGAAUAGAUGAUUUGGAAGGAGAAAACGCUGAAAAAACAAGAAGUCUAUCAGUUCCUGUCCAGGAACAGACUUCAGACAUCAAAGAUAACAAAAGCAAGCUAGUUCUUCCUGUUAGCGAUGAAGCUAAAGAAGAAAUUGGAGCGUCUAAAACAGUAGCGGGGACUUCGAAACGGAGAACCUCUCGUUCAAGCAAUUUAAGUCCAAGGAGAAGAGGAGGAGCACAAGUUUCCAGUAGAAGCAUAUCACGCUCUACGAGGAAACCUGCUGUAAAACAAAGUCAAAAAGUUACAAAACCAAUGCAAAAUGCUCGUAAAGUAAAAUCGAAACAAGAAAAAGAUGCUGUCGAUUUAAACAAAACUGUAGAUGCUAAUGAAGUACUUCCAGAUAUAAUAAUCGUUCCAGUUGAAGGGGAAGAAAAACUCGAAUCGAACGAAACAUUAAUUGGUACAAAUACAAAAGCUUCUUUACGGCAACCUGAAGUUGAAGAUGAUGCCGAAGAAAAUGAUAUGAAAGGAGUGAUUAAGAAAAAUAAAGACACAAAAUUUCUUGAACCAACAAGACCAAUAUCUAAAAAUACCAAGAGAGAUAAACGGGAGAUAUCACCGGUAAGUCAAGCUCCUGAGCAAACAUCAAAAGAUUCUGGAACAGCUUACGACAGAGAUAAAGAAAAGGUGUCUGAUCACGAUUCACAAUUGGAAACAGAAGAAUUCAAGAAAAAAGCUGCAACCGAGGCAGGUAAUGAACAUGUAGUGCAGAAUAAGAAGCCCGACGCAGAAGAAUUAGAAUCUGAAGAAAGUCGGCAAGAAAAAACAGCUGAAUUGAAAGAUCACAUAAAAAGUAAUGAAACAUCAAAUUCGAAUUUUAUUGCAGACGAUUCUGAAAAACAAACUGUUCAAGAAUUAAAUGAUAAAUCCGAAAUGAAGAAAAGGGAAAUAAUUCCAGUUGAAGCGGAACAACAGUUAAAAGAACAUACGAUGGAUACUGCACAAAAAGAGCAUAUAAAGCUCAAAAAAGAUGCAGAAGAAAAGAAACAGCAGCUGAAAGAACAAAAGAGAAUUAAAGAAACGAAGGCAGAGCUACUCGAAGAGCGAAAUAAAGUUAAAUCGGGGGAACAGCAAACAAAACACAAAAAGAAAGAAAAGCUACCCGAAGAUCGAGAAAAAGGUAGAUUGAAAGAACAGAAAAUCGAGGAACAAACGAAAGAAAAGCUCCUUGAAGAACGGAGAAGUGAUAAAUCAAACGAACAGCAACUCAAAGAACGAAAAUCAAAUAAUAAGGAAGAGUUAAAUCAGACAACUGAAUCUGCAGCGGUUAAACUGAAAAACGAAAUGGAAAACCAAAAAGAAGCUGUUCCACGAAUCGAAUUGAAAAAGAAAAUAGACGAAACAGUUACAAAACCACCUCCACAAAACGAAAAAAACAAUGCGGAUUUAACACAGAAUGAACAUAUACCUGAGGAAAAAGAAUAUUCGGAAGAAAAAUCUCAAGAAAAACGAAGAACAUCCCCAGAAUCAGAAAAAAAUAAGCCAAAAUCUACGAACGACUUCUCAGAAGAUUUUGAUCCCAAUAUGCAAUCGGAUGAUCAAGGCACAAAAUCAAAUUACGACAAGGAAUUUAAUUUAGAAGAGCAUUCUACUGAAAUUCAAACACACGAUGGUCUUAUAACAGGUGAUAAAGAUCUAAACAACUUAUCUGAGAGUGAAAUUGAACCUCCUGAUGAGGAAAAGCAAAAUGAGCAAUUCUCUGACCCUGACUCAUCAUCUGAGGCAGAGACAAAAUUUUUUACUGACGAGAGUGACGAAAUUCAACCAAAGCCGGAUAUACCAGAACUCCUGUUACUUUCAGAAGAACUUUCAGAUAAAAAGGACAGUUCUGAAGAAAAAGAACAGAAUUUAGUUCCUCAAGAAGAAGUUAAUCUUGAUGCUAUCAAAUCUCUAGACACAAAAACAACUAAUAAUCAAGAAACAACUAUUCAACCGGACGCAACAAUUCAUCAAGAUACAACGAAUAAUCAAUAUACAACUAAUCUUCAAGAUGCAACCAAUAAACAAGAUGCAACUAACCUCCAAGUUGCAACGAAACCUCCAGGCGCAAUUAAUCAUAAAGAUAAAAUUAAUCCUGAAAAUGCUAGAAAAAGACACACUUUAAAACCCCAGAGUAGUAUUUUGGAUGGUUCUGAAGCAGAGAAUAACAAUGAAAACAAACAUAUUGAGGACGAGGAAAAAAAUCACCAGAAUAAUUCCGAUAAAAAUGUAGCAAAGCCAACUGAAUCCACGUCUCCAUCCAUUAAAAAACAAGGUUUGACACCAACAGAGCGGAAUGAGGAGCUUAUUUCCUCAGGAAAAAAUAAAAGAGGGAAACAGUUAACUGAUGAACACCAUAAAACCCCUGUGGAAAAGGCGGAGAAGGCUUCCGAGUCAAUAAAGGAAUUUAAGAAAGUAAAUAGUCAAACCCAAUUAGAGAAAGACGUUGAUAAAAGCAGACAAUCUGCAGAAAAUGUGAACGAAAAUGUCUCGAGCGACGAAGAUGAACAAAAUCAGAAUAAUUUAGAGACUGAAGUGAGUAGAUCAAUUUCCGUACAGACAGGGCGGUCAGUCUCAUUGGAGGAUCAACACGAAGAAGAACAGAACGUAUAUAACAUUCAACAAAGUAUAGCCAUACAGACAGAAGCCUCAAGAGAACCCACUGCCUUAAACGUGCCCAAAACAUCAAGCAUAGGAACUAGCAGUAAGAAAAUGUUAGAUAUAGGAACUUCUACCAAAGAUUUUUUGAGUAAAGAUAAUAUUUCGAAAAGUAAUGAGGAUCCAGUGCCCCAAGCUUCACCAAAGAAAUCUCCUGAAAGACAAAAUCCAAGUGCUGUCUUCUACAAUACUAAACCUGUUGAUACCAAUAUUACCAUGACUAAACAAACGAAAGAGGCUGACAAGAAAAAACAAAACCGUGGAGCUUUGUUCUAUACCACACCUGGUAUAGCAGCUAAAGAUAACAUGCAACCAAGACCAACUCGAUUAACUUCAGAUCGUUAUGAACAAUCCCACAAACAGCAAUCUGACACCAGAUUUAAAUCCAGAGAGCGAGAGAGGUCUUUGGAGUCAGAGAAAGCUGUUGCCAUAGCAAAUUCUGCAUUUAGAAGGUUAAACUCUAAUGGACAAUUAACAGUUUUCAACAGUACUAUUAUUAAUCCCAGCGCUGACGGCAAUAAUUAUUUUCCAAAUUCUCAUCAAGAUAGCCCAAACAGACUCCCUUGCCAACGACAUGGAGAGUACUCAAACUUAGAUAAACCCGGAUUUCUGUGGGUUCAUUUUGGCUCAGGCAGCAGCCCCAUACAUACCCUUAAACGUAAACCUAACUUUUCAAGCCAGCGGUUUAAACAGGAAAAACCUCCCGAGAAGGACAAAGCCAAAGAUAAAGCACAAAAGGACAAAGCGCAAACUAAUAAACUACCCAGACGUAUACAAGCAAGUGGUAAAACCGAUGUUGCAAAUAAAGAAGCGAAAUCGAAUGCGGGUAAAGCUAAAGAUGAAAAAACUGGUUCCAUCUCAGAACGCAGCCCGGCGCUGCAAGUGAAAUCCAAAGUUCUGAACACAAAGAUUGCUCAAAACUCUAAAGACAAAGCUAAAGUUGAAACAAGGAAAAGGGUCAUUUUGAGAAAAGAUUCUAAAGAGUUAGAUAAAAGUACCGGCUCUCAAAAUCAAUCUCCUAGCAAGCAAAAACCAAUAAAAUCUAUUCAGAGCAAACCUGUAGGAUCGAAGGUUGCGAUUAACUCGCCAAGAAGAGAAAAUAUUCCUGAAAAAAGUAAACAAAUACCUCAAGUUAGAAAUGACGAGCUUCAUAAAACAGGAAAUGAACCAACACCUAGUCAAGCUAAUCAGACACAGCAAAACGAAUCAUCUAUACCAAACACAACGAUACACCGCGAUAAAUCUGUUAAACACCAAUCAAAAAGCCCAUUAAAGUCCAAUACCGGGAAAAGAGACAAUAAAGAAGAAAGUAAUCACGAUAAAGAACUAAAUAUCGCUAGCAACAUACGGAAUGUAAAUAAUGAUAGAUCUCGAGAUGUCACAAAAGAUGGUGCUGAUGAAGAUGAUAGAGAUAAAGAUGAUAAAGAUAAUGAAAAACAACCACCACCCAGAUUGUCCGAAACGGCGAAGUCAUCGUCUCUAGAUGAAGGCGAUGUGAAGUUCGUCAUCGAACGUAAGGAAGAUCCCGGUUACAGCAUAAAGAUAAGAAUGAAAGACCGCAAAAAGGAGAAGAUCAAAAGAGAUUGCACUACAGAUGCUAGUUCAGCCCCAGGAGAAAGCGAUCAGUCCUACGUAAAAGAUUCCGGCUACAUGAGCACCACGGAAUCAGUCCACAAGCAUCGGCGUUCCAUAACCAUCGACUUCGGACACACAACAGCAAUGAUCAACACUGGAAUGAAAGGCUCGAAGAUGGAACAAAAGCUUUCACUGCCAAGUUUAGACACCGAUGAAAACGUGGAUGACCAACCAAUACACAAGCAGAAGAAGUUGACUAGCAAACUGCCCAUUUUAGAAUCAAGUAGGCGUAAGUCGAAUUCUUCUGUGUUCUCAGACUACCAUCGCACGCCAAGAAGAGAUUCAUUAACCACCAGUGAAUUAUCUGUUAAAUCCGAUGGAAGUGGUUCUCUGAGCAUGUGCCCCAAUAUCCCCCAAAGUCCCAGGAGGGAAAAUAUUGUUCGAAGCGCUUUGCAAGUUCCUGGAGAAGCAUCUUCAACGUUGGGGAGUAACUUUAAAAGGCAGACUGCGGACGGGAAGAGAGGAGGAGUCCGUAGGUCCAGUAUUCCCAUCUUUAGAGCACACUCGGACGGAAAUCUGCACGAGUACAAGCCUUCCCCGCGCCUUGGUACCAGCAGAAAUAAAUCAUUAAGUACACCCUCUAUAAAUCAAACAGACCACAAUAUCACGCCAAGAUCUGAUCGCCAAAUGUCCAUCAUCAAAGAAUCUGGAUCAUCUCCAAGUGACUUGCGGCACAGUGACACUGAAAUUUCACCCAUUAGUGCAGAAAAACUUAGAUUACCAUCUAUUCGUCUAUACGAACCAGAAGACGACAAUUUCACAAAAGAUUCCAUAGACAACAAAUUCCCCAGUAUUCUAACACCCACCAGAACAAGUCCCCUUCCGAAAUCCAGGGGAUCACCUCGAAUGAGUACUCCCCUGAAUUUAGCGGACAACACUUCCCUGAGACUACCCCUUCUCCAACGACCCAUGAAGUGUCGAUGCAACAUCCAGCCGUACAAAUACUGGGAUGGACGCAGGACGAAAUCGGCCGUGGACUGCGUGGCCAAUGUCCACUUCCUCACAGAAGAGGAAGUGGAGGAAUUUGACGCCAGGUUCCAGUCGAUAGGAGGUCGCAUCAGCAGUUUCAGUGGCACUACGAAGGUGAAAUCUUCCAAUAACAGGACUGGAUAUCGCGCGUUGAGAACCCAGACCCUGAAGAGACUUAGAAGUGGAAAGCAGCCAAGAUCUCGCCAAGCUGUGACGUUUCACGUGGAUCACGAGAGGGAACGAAACACUUUCCAGUUGCCUACUGAAAAUCUGAGAGAUGACAAGAAGUGGCAGGUGACAUUCACGAUAGGGAAAACGAAAAGUGAGAAAGAAAAUAAAGAUGCCAAGUCAAAAAGUUGAAGGUGGCUAUUAUGUAAUCUAUCAUGGAUUUUAAGGACUCGACAUAGCGGGGAAGACUUCAAACUCGUGUAAAGAUUAAAUGUUUGGUCAAAAUCCACAAAUAAAUCAAAAAAAUGGAAUUUGUUAUAAGUGAUAAAAAAAAUGGAACUUUGAGAACGAAAGGUGGCAGGUUACAUCCACAGUAAAUGAGUGAAAACGAAAAUUUAAGAGAACAAACAGUAGAAGGUUAAAUUUGCUAUAAGAGAGAAAAGAUUAAAAUGUGGAAUGUUACGUUUGAUGUGAGAAAAAAUUAAAAUUUGAGAAUAGAAAAUGGCAAGUUACAUUUGCUGUAAAUGAAAACGAAAAUUGAAGAGGACAAACAGUAGAAGGUUAAAUUUGCUGCCAAUGAGAAAAGAUUAAAAUUUAAAAACAACAAAAAGGAAUGUUACAUUUGCUGUGAGAAAAAAUUAAUUUUGAAAACAAAAAAGUGGCAAGUUACUUUUGCUGUAAAUGAAUGAAAACAAAAAUUUAAGAGAACAAACAGUAGAAAGUUAAAAUUCGUUGUAAGUGAAAGAAAGAUUAAAAAUCUGAGAACAAAAAAAAAAUUUUUACAUUUGCUGAGAGAAAAAAAUUAAAAUUUGAGAACAGAAAGUAGCAAGUUACGUUUGCUGUAAAUGAGAGAAAACUAAAAUUUGAGAGAACAAAUAGUAGUUAAAUUUGCUGAAAGAGAAAAGAAAAAAUUCAAAUUUGAGAACGGAAAUCGACAAAUUAUAUUUUUUGAGGAAAAAAAAAAUGAGUUUAAGAGAACAAAAAGUAGCAUAUUAAAUUUACUGUGAGAAAAGAAAUGAAAAAUUAAGAACAAAAUGUGGCAAAUCAUUAAGAGACAAUUCAAUGAAAGAAGGAAUUUUGGAACAUAAUGCAAAAGGAAAGAAAAAAAGAGAGAAACAUUGUGGAAGUCAUGUAAAUUAAAGUUAUUUUUUUACAAAAAAAAAAUUCAAUUUUUCCCUUUAAAUUUAUGUCUAUUUGUUGUACUAUUAAAUUUCUACUAAAUGGU